CAAAAUCCACAAAGUAGGAUACUUCGUGAUGUUGGCCUACUAAGGUACUGGUCAUUUGGAGGAAUAUUGAGUUAAGUCCAAGUAGAUAUAGUUAUUUUUGCAAGUGUCCGUGCUCAUGCUGAACAGUGCACGAGAAGCUACAACCGACUUUCCGAUACAGUGAGCGAAGAUGUAUCGUGGCAGACCUCCAUUCCGAGGUCCCCCGCCGUCUCAUGGACCUGGUCCUCGAGGUCCUCAUCCGCAUCAAGGACCACCACCAGACCGACCAUACGCUCGUCCGCCUUUUAGAAACGAAAGAGGUCGAAAUGGGUACCAGUACCGAGACCAUCCCGACCCUUACCGCCGCUCUCCACCUCACCCGUCUCACCGACGAUAUUCGCCUGCGUCAGGAAGAGGACCUUCAGACGAAUGGAGUGGCGGCGGGCCCCCUCCACGGGAUCAUUACAGUCAGCGUCGCACACCAUCCCCGGGCCCUCCCCGAGGUGGUAUGCCCAUCGACCACAGUCUGGUUAUCACAGUGGGUAAUGACAUAAGGGAACCUGCCGGGAAUCGAGGUCCAGAAUAUGCCAGAGAUUACCUGGCAGGGGACCCCCACUACAAGCCUCCCCGCUACGAUGGGCCAGCAGAUGACCGUGGCCCGCCACGCCGCCGCAGCACCAGCCGCGGUCGCAGCCGAUCCCCCGACCGAAGCCGAGCACGAUCCCGUGCCCGCAGUCGUGCGCAGAGCCGCCCGCGCAGUCGCAGUCGCUCAAGAGGCCGCAGCAAGAGCCGGCCACGCAGUCGCAGCAAGUCAAGAGGCCGCAGCAAGAGCCGGCCACGCAAUCGCAGCCAAUCCCGAAGCCGCAGCAGGAGCAGAAGCAGGGGGCGCAGCAGAGGUCGCAGCCAAGCACGAAGCCGCGCAACAAGCAGGGCUCGCAGCCGGGCACGCAGCAAGAGCCGUCCCCAGAGCAGGAGCCGGAGCAGGAGUCGCAGCCGCAGCAGGGGCAGGAGCCGCAGUGCGAGCAGGGGUCGCAGCCAGGCCCGCAGUCGCGCGGUCAGCCGCGCACGCAGUCUGGCCCGGAGCCGGGCAGGCAGCAGGAGCAUGAGCCGCAGCCGGAGCAGGAGUCGCAGCAGCAGUGCAGGGAAGAAGAAAAAGAAGAUGGACAACUUUGAUGAGCUGGAGAGGGCGCGCCGACGCAAGGAGCUGGAGGACAUCAUGAACUUGCCCACCAAGUCCAUCCUCAAGAGACGCACGGACUCCUCCGACAUGGACUCACCCAGUUUUGGCGAGAACAGUGAGUUGUCUGGUCUGGACCCUCUGCUCCUCAUGUCCGUCCUGGGGGAGCUGAAGGACGGCACCCUCUCUGGUGGCUCCAACCUCCCCCACGGCAGCAGCGGUGGCAUGGGAGAAGGUGGCGCUCUGUUCCCCAUAGAGAUGGGCCAGGGCGAGAACGCGGAGGACCUCAGCAAGCUCCUGGGCCUGCUCGAGGAGAUGAAGAAGCAGGAGGAGAGGAACAAGUGCGUGGACGAGGAGGAGAAGUUCCUCUACGGAGACGAGGACGAGCCCAGGAUGGCCGCCGUGGACAUGUUCGCCGACAGCGGCGGCAGACCCUCAGCCAUGACUCCCCAGCCGUACGCCACGGCAAGCCCCGUGACCGCAGCCCCAUCAGCCUACGGUAGAGACGCCUCCAGUAGACACCAAGACCUCAGCCCAUCCCCAGAGAGGAGGACGAAAGGGCGAGGCAAGGACAAGGACAAGAGCAAGGACCAGGGGCAGCAGCAGCAGUUCCCCCCGGGGGUGGGUCCAGACGACGUGAACGCCCGCGAGGAGGUGGAGGAGUACGAGAAGAUCCAGGACCUGCUGAAGACCAUCGGGCUGGACCUGGGCGUCUCGGAGAUCAGCAAGAUGGCCACGCGCACCAAGGAGCGGCUGGAGGGCAGCAAGCCGCCGCCCAAGCGCAAGUCUCCGCCGCCCAAGAGGGGGGGUGGCGGCCGCCAUCGGAGACACUCGAGCCGCAGCGGUAGCGGCAGCAGGAGCGGUAGCGGUAGCAGCAGCCGCAGCAGCUCCAGUAGCUCCAGCAGGAGCAGCAGGAGCUCCAGCGGAAGCUCUCACAGCAGCCGCAGCAGCAGGAACAGCAACAGCUGGAGUCGACGUCGCAAGUCGGACCACUCUUCCCCCUCGGAGCACCGCAGCUCCCGCGGCUCCAAGAACCGCAAGUCCUCGCCGUCACCGCCACCGCCAGCAUCAUCGAAAGCCGACCGCAGCUGGUCACGUCCCUCCGCCUCAGAGAGCCCCGUCUCCAGCCUACCCGUUCCCGAGCAACAGCAGGUGCAAACCAUCCCCAGGCUGGGUGAGCACCAACCCCACCAGGUGCCCGUCUACCCGCCCUCGCAGACGCACAGCAUGCCCCCGCACCCCAACUACCCCCCGCCAGGGUACGACCAGUACGGCAACUAUGUGCCCUACAUGGGGCAGGGGUGGCCCAUGUACCCCCCUCCCCCCAUGGGGCCGGGGAUGAUGCCUCCAGCCGGGCCCUCUAGACCAGAGUACAACAGCCCUUUCCUCAGGGUCAUUGAGACGGUGCCAUCUCAGAGCAAAGAGCCAGAGACAGUGCCGGUGCUGGAGAGGAAACCUGUGACAGUGACCGUGACCAUGAACAGACUGGAUAAGGAAAGGGAGAAGGAGAAGCCCUCAGCCAAAGAUCUCUACAGUCAGGAGAAGAUGGAGGAACAGAAGGCGAAGGUACUGGAGGAACGAGAGAAACUGCGUAAAGACAGAGAUUCUCGGAUGAAGAAGAAAGACUAUCUCAUGAAGGAGUUGGAGCGGCUUCGUAAGCAGCAAGGCGAACUGCUGCGUAAGAAGCGCCGCGAGAAGGACGGUCACAAGGACCCUCUGCUGAUGGAGCUGACUCGGCUGCAGGAGGACGUCAUGGCCCAGAUCUCCUCCCUGCGCUCCGAGAACGACAAGAGCGACAAGAAGCUGCGCGAGCUGGAGAAGGUGGCCCUCAUCCUGGGCCUGCCCGUGUCGUCCGAGAAGCCCCGCCGGGACUCCCGGGACUCCGCCGCCCAGCCUGCCCAGGAGGAGAAGCACCAGGGCCGGGCGCGCAGCCGCGAGAGGUCCCCCGCCCCCCGCCAGCCCUCCUCCUCCUCCGCCUCCACGUCUGCCGUCUCGUCAAAGACACCGGCGUCAUUAUCACGGGCAGCUGCAGAGAUGGCGAAGAAUCAAGCCGUCGUCGCCGCUGCUGUCGCCGCCGCUGUGGAGAAAACUGUACCACAAUUUGAGUACUAUGACGCGGGGAACCACUGGUGCAAACACUGUAACGUCACCUGUGGCGCCAUGUUUGAUUUUUUCACUCACAUGCACAGCAAGUCGCACAGAAAGUCUCAAGACCCUUACGACAGGCCUUGGGCCCCGGACACCGACAAGCCAGAGAAGAAACGGAAUCCUGCAGAGAGGAUCACCAAGCCUGCGAAAGGUGCUGAGUUUUUGAUGGCGGUGAGGGGAUUUUACUGCCAGUUGUGCAAGGAGUUUUUCGGAGACCCCAUCUGUGCAGAAGAGCAUGUCAUUACCCAUGCACAUAAUGAGAAGUACAAGGAACGCAUAUACGAGAAUCCCCUGUACGAGCAGCGCAGGAACCUGGAUCGCCAGGCAGGCAUGUCCAUGAGCUCCGAGUCGAAACACGCGGAGAAGCGCAAACAGGAGGCCGAAGCUUCGCGAGAGGAGUACCUCAAGCGCGCCAAGCAGAGCAAGCAGGAGGAGCGGCCGACCCCUCAGAAGGAGGAGGAGCCAAAAGGCAGGAUCGUGAAGGAGGAGGAAAAGAAGCCUGUGCACAGUCGAGAGGAGGAGGACAGCGGCAAAUCCAAGUUCGGCCGAACGUUCAGGGAAGAAAAGGAGGAGAAAGUCAAACAAAAGACGAGGGAUGAGGACGACCGGCCCAAAUAUGGAAGGAGGGAGGAGGAGGAGGAUAGGCCGAAGUAUGGCAAGAGGGAGGAGGAUGAGGAUAGGCCCAAAUACGGAAGGAGAGAUGAAGAGGAAGACAGAUUCAAAUAUGGGCGCAGGGAUGAACCAGAGGACAGGCCCAAAUACGGUAGGAGAGAGGAAGAAGACGUGCGGCCCAAGUACUUAAAGAAAGAGGAGGAAGAGAACAAAUUUAAGUACGGCAAAAGGGACGACAGCGAAGGGCGGUUGAAGUCCAAGCCCAGUAGGCGAGAGUUUGAGGAGAACAGGGGUAAAUAUGAGGACAGCAGGGGUAAAUAUGAGGACAGCAGGGGUAAAUAUGGCAAGGCAGAAGAUGACCGGGGCAGGUACGGCCGGGAGGAAGAGGAGCGAGCCAGAGGCCGGGAGGAAGAGGAGCGAGCCAGAGGCCGGGCAGGGGAGAAGCGUUCACGUUACCCCCAGGACGAGCCAGAAGGUCGCAAAGCCAAGUACGGCAAGCCGGAUGAGGACGAGGACGACAUGAGGCCCAGGUGGACCAGAGAGGAGCCGCAGAAAAAAGAACGGUCGUACAGACAGAAAAAGCCAGACAGCAAGGAAGACAAGCGUGAGGCACCAGAGAAACCAGUCGAGCUUCCGAAGGUGAUGUGUGGCCCCAGUCCAGCCAUGCUGGCCAAACUACGCAAGAAGAACGAGGGCGCCGGAGGUGCCGCCGCCCCUGAGCCCGCCAAGAAAACUGGAGGGUCUUUCGGGAAGUUCACUUGGAAGAAACCACAGAAGACCCAGCUGGAGAAGGAAGCAGAGCGCAUGGCGGCGGAGUUCAUCAAAGACGAUGAGGAGGCGGCCAAGGCUGUGGAGCAGACCAAGGUGCCGGGGGUGCUGGGGGCGCCCACGGAGGAAAACGACGACGAAGCCUUCACCCGAUCCAUCAACGCAGCCAAGAUGAUUGCGAUGAAGCUGGCGGGCAAGUCCACCGCAGCUAUCCCCACCAACAUAUGGCAAGCCUCCACUACACCGACUCUGCCUAUGACGCUUCGGAAGUCCACUCCCCCUCAAGUAGUCAACCCGGUUCUGUCCAUGAAACCCACUUCAGUCACCCCGAUGAAGGCCCCGCCACCUCCCCCGCCGAAAGAGGAUAAGAAGGAUGUGCUUUCUCCUGACAUGAUCUCCAAGGCUUUUGGGGGAGAGGAGGUGAAGCUGAAGUCUCCGAUUAUUGGCCCCACAAUCCUUGACCCGGCCUCUGCUGCGCCAGAGCCUUCUCCUGUGCCAGAGCCUUCUCUUUCUUCCAAAAAGAAGGGGAGCAAACUUGUUAAACGAGAACCAGACCCGCCUCCUCCAGGCCCACCACCUCCAGGCCCAAGGCCUCCGGCCCCACGACCUCCGGCCCCUCGGACUGGGGUGUAUAUGCUGAACCUCGAGGCGGACGUGGCAGAACCGGCCCCGCCUCCGGGCCCACCGCCUCCGGGCCCACCGCCUCCGGGCCCACCGCCUCCGGGCCCACCUCCUGGGGUGUGUAUGAUGAACAUUGAGGCGGACGUGGCAGUACCAGGCGUGCCGGAGUGCGAGCAGACCCAUGCAGUAAUGGUGCGCCCUCCUCCUAUGAUCCAGAAGCCUCCUCCCACCUCCUCCACACCCCCCAGAUCCACAAAGCCCAAGUCCAACUUGGCCGCUGCGAAAGCCAAGGACCUCUUCGACAUCUUCUACAGCGGGGUGACCCCGUCUACCACCAGUGGCAUGGCCCCUAAGCCCGUUCAGGAGGCCAAGGUGGAAACUAAGGCAGGCGAAGUUGAGGAGAUCCCUGAGGUGGCUCCUGAGGUGGUCCCUGAGGAGACCCCUGAGGAAGUCCCCGAGACCAAGGAGCAGUCUGUUCCCAUAGAGACCAGUAAGGAGCAGUCUGUUCCCGUGGAGACCAGUAAGGAGCAGUCUGUUCCCGUGGAGACCAGUAAGGAGCAGUCUGUUCCCGUGGAGACCAGUGAGGAGCAGUCUGUUCCCGUGGAGACCAGUAAGGAGCAGUCUGUUCCCAUGGAGACCAGUAAGGAGCAGCCUGUUCCCAUGGAGACCAGAACCAGAACCUCAACUAGGGCCUCCACCAGAGCCUCAACUAGGGCCUCCACUAGAGCCUCCACCAGAGCAACUAGAGCCUCGGCCAGAAUUCAGGCAGAGCCUGAGCCUGAGCCUGAGCCUAAGCCUGAGCCUGAGCCUCCGACCGAGGCUGAUGAACCCAGACAGCACUCUGCCCAAUCUGCUCCUGUGCAGGAAGCUGAUACUGAAACCACAGGUGCUUUCCAGUCUGAUAAAGAGGAUCCCCCUGCUGUUGUCCAGUCAGAUAAAGAGGAUCCCCCUCCUGCACAGGAAGCUAUGGACACUGACCAAACUGAGACAGCCGCGGCUGUCCAGGAUGUUGUCGGGGACCAAUCAGAGUCAGUGGCCGCCGCCGCUGCUGCUCCCACCCAGGAAGAGUCCAUGGAGACUGUUGGGUCAGAGACUAUUGCUCUUCUCCAGCAAGCCGCCAUGGAAGCUGUUCCUUCCCAGGCAGUUGCUCACACCCAGCCUGGCGAGCCUGUUCAAACCCAAGCACAGGCACACUCUCCGGAGAUAAUCGACUUGGACCCAGACACGGAGGCGUCGGUUCCAGAAGUCAUCAUGGACACAGUCACCGUCCAGGCGGUCGAAGGGGUCCAGCAGGUCAUGGAGCCAGGGGUCGUCAACCUGGAGCAUACCGGCAGCGAUCCCAACUCCGACGACGCCAUGGCGAUAAUACUGGGCUCCGAAAGCCCACCGCCUGGGGCGUUCACAGAGCAGUUCAAUCUGGAUACAUUCGAGUUCUCCUUUGACCCCCCAGAGUGAGCCCUCUACUGAGAGAUCCUCAAGCAGACUGUGUAAAAUAAAGCCUCUGGGGGUGUUUACCGCAGUUGUUUUUUAAUGAUUGUGAACUGUAAAGAAUCAAAAAACAAAUACUUACUUUUUGUUCUCUUUCCCUCCUUUUUUUCGUUUUUUAAAAAAAUUAUAGGACAAAAUGGGUAUAGUUUUACUACAACCGGUAAGAGAUGGCUUGUCUGAGUACCGGGUUAUAAAAAAUAAAACAAUAGCAUCAAAGGGUGAAAGCCCCUCAGUGACGUAACUCAACUCCUUUAGUCUGAUCCCGUGACAAACAAUCUGUUCAUUUGAUGUAGGUGUACCAGCUUCCUUCUACACAUGUCUUUAAGCCACCUGAUGGCCAACUUCACUUGUCCCUCAUGUACUCUGUAAGGUCUCUGCUAAAAUGUCUGUUUAAAAAAAAUACCCAAAAGGUAAUGUAAUAUAUCAUUUCAACGUCAUACUUUAUCUGAUGUUCAUACAUAUGCAAAUUCAAAAUCAGUUUCUAAAGUUGGGUGUUCCUUUUUUUUCUCCAUUCAUCCUGAAUUGAUUGAAAGAUGUUUUUAAACACAGAUACUCGGCACAUCCAACAUGUGGAAGACAAGAAGUUCUGGUAAGCAGCUGAUGAUGAUGCAUCGACCAAGUGUCAUUGUUAUGGUCUGAUCUUUCCUCUGCGCCAUAAAGACUGUCUCUUUCUUUGCAGUGAUGCCCAGAAACAAGGACACAAUGAGUUCAUGUAAACUACAGUAGUGAUGUGGUUUCUGUUUAUGUUUUCCUUUUGGACAUUAAGCCUGAACCAGGUCCUCUGUCUGUUAGAAUGAGUUGCCACAAAAUAAUCAAACGACACGCUUAUACCUGUACCCGUUGUUGGAAAAUGCUGCUCAAAUAAACCAUACAGACCCACA